CUGUCGGGGAGGACGCGCACGCGCAAGCGCACUUUGCAGCCUCUGAGACGCUACCUUUUUGCAGACCCAUCUGCCUGUCUGUAGGCUCCCGCAGGUGGAGCCGCAGACUCAGUGAGGAGGAAUACUGGUGCCUUGAGCUGUGCUGCUGCGGGAGGCGAGCGAAUCCACUUUGGGCCAGCAUUUCGGCUGCGGGCCGACGGGCCAGUGGCGGUUGGGCCGGUGGCUUGCCGGGGGCUGCGGCGCGCGGGCCGUGGUCGGGCCUCCGCGCCCUGUCCGCACCUCCGCACUCAGCUCAGCUGCCACGCUGAAUUACGCUCGAGAGAUGGAAGAUUUUCGAGGUAUAGCUGAAGAGUCAUUUCCUAGCUUUUUAACCAAUUCAUUAGUUGGUAACAGCGGUAUUUUGGAAAACGUCACUCUUUCUUCAAAUCUUGGCUUGCCUGUUGCUGUGUCAACACUUGCUAGAAAUAGUUCCGGCACUGAUAACAGGUAUGCUGAUAUCCAGGCAUCUUAUUUAGUAGAAGGGAGGUUUUCAAUUCCAUCUGAGUUAUCUCCUAGUUGCCAGAGUGAAGCUGAACCACAGCAGAGGUUACACCUUAGCUUCCAGGAUGAUGAUUCUAUCUCUAAGAAAAAGAACUAUAUAGAAAGCCAACAUUUGUCAGAUGCUGUCCUCAAAGAGUCAGCUUUUCAAAGUGAUGUAGCAAGAACAGAACAGGAGGAAGCAAAAACUGCAAAAUCCCUUCAGAGCCAAGAGCCUUUUGAUAAGAUUUUACCACUGGAACAAGUACAAGACUCACCUAUUGAUUUUUGUUUACCAUCAUUGAUGAAUAAUAAGAACAAGAUUGUCAUUCCUGAUGCUGUAAAACAUUUUGAAGAUAAGAAUCCAAACGAUGACUUAAGCCAUACUAGUUUAUUAGAAAAUGAGAAACUUAUGUCACUGACGAGCUUGGAAGACUCUUCUGAUGAUGAUAUCGAUGAUGAUGAGUUUUAUGAUGAUCAUUUGGAGGCUUAUUUUGAGCAACUGGCUAUUCCAGGAAUGAUAUAUGAAGACCUAGAAGGACAGGAACAUCCAGAAAAAGAUUUUAAGUUACCUACAAGUGAUCCUUGUCAGGCAAAUGAAAACAGUAUUUUAAGCUGUAAAUUUCAAUCAGAGAAUAGUAGUUCUCUGAUUUCCAAUGGCUCACAGUCUUUGGGAAGUUCUGAAAUGAGCCACAAAGAGUCUGAGGAAGGCCGUGUUGUUUGUCUACCUGGGACCAGUAAUUCUUUAGGUACUGGAGAUAGUAGAAGGCAUGUAGAUGGGGUGUUUUCCUCUAGUACUUGGAGAAUUGACAAAGAGAAACAAAGAGCAGAAAACUCAAAGAGCGUUGUUCCACACCAAGGCAGAGAAAGUGCAAGAGAAGAAGUUUUGGUGAAGACUGUAAAGGCUGCUUAUGUGGAACCUCACCCUGUGUGUUUUCAUGACACCAGUGCCAAGAAAGAAAUGGAUCUACCACAGAGUGUGGUCUAUCAAAAUGAAGAGGGCAAAUGGGUUACUGACCUUGCCUAUUACACAUCUUUUAAUAAAGAACAAGAUUUAGAUAUGUCUCUAAUUGAUGAAAUGAAUGAAGACUUCAGAUCUGGCUCUGAAGCAUUGGACUUGAUUGCACAAGAUGAAGAAGAAUUUAAUAAAGAACAUCAGUUUAUGCAGGAAGAAUAUAUAGAUGCCCAGAACACUUCAGUUGCACUAGAUGAUACAUCAUGGGGAGCUUCAAUUAAUUACAAUUUGUUGAGGAAGUCACUUAGCACAUCAGAUCUGGACAAAGAUGAUGCCAGUUAUUUGCGCCUAUCUUUAGGAGAGUUCUUUGCUCAAAGAUCUGAAGCUCUUGGUUGCCUUGGUGGUGGCUACAAUGUGAAAAGACCCUCGUUUGGUUAUUUUAUUAGAUCACCAGAGAAGAGAGAACCUGUUGCUUUAAUAAGAAAAUCUGAUGUAUCAAGAAGUAAUUUUGAAAAAGAAAUGGCUCCUCUUAACCAUGAUCUAUUUCCAGGAGAUUUAAAGGCACAACUAAGUGAAGGAUCAAUUACACUUCAGGCUGAAGAACUGGAGAGCAUUUCACAAGCAGAUGAAAAUGAUGUGACAUUAGCUGCGAAUAAAGGCAAAACAGAGGAUACUUUCUUCAUGAAUAGCAAACCCCAAAGAUACAAAGACAAGCUCCCUAAUGCUGGUGAUUCUGUACUUAGGAUAAGCACCAUUGCUUCAGCCAUUGCAAAUGCAUCACUGAGUACUGAUCCUUCUCAACUUGCUGCUAUGAUCAAGUCACUUUCAAAUAAAACCAGAGUGGAGACUUUGCAGGAAGAUAAGAAACAAAACGACUGUCCCCUUGUGUCUCAUUUCUUACCUAAUAAUUUAGAAAAAAGUAAUGGAUCCAAUACAUUUGAUAUGGAGAAAUACCUUAAAAAGACGGAAGUUAGUGGAUAUGAAGGUGGACUGGAAAACUUUUCAAGAGCUGGUGUGUCUGAUAUUUGGGAUUUAUCUUUGCCGAAAGAACAGACUACACAAGUCAUCCAUACAGUGGACUUAGAUGUUACUAAUGUAAGUGUAAGGGAACCAGAAGAAACUACAGCAGCUAUUUUUUAUGGUAAAAACAGAGAGAACAAGAACCAGGAAUCAUUUAGAGCAACAAAGUCUUCAAAUUCAGUUCUUAUAAAUACAACAGAGAGUGAGAGUACAGUAGUUGAUGUGAACACACAUUCCAUUGACAACAAAUUAACAGAUGCUGGUAACAGUGAAAAAGCUACCGCAGUAUCUACUCCAACAUCUAAGAGCUACUCAUUAGUGAGGGACUUCAGAAGAGCCUCCCUUUGGCUGUCAGAAGAGAAUGAAGAAAUAGAAAAUAAUAGAGAAAAUCAGAGGCAGGAUGAAUGUGUCAAUGAGACAAGCAACAGUGAAAAGCAGGUGACUUUUGAAAAACAUUCCACAACCUCACCUAAAAAAGUUGAUUUGAAAAAUCCCUCUCCUGAGUGUGGCUCAGAGGACGACCAGAAUAGUUUCAGACCUUCUACUUCUCCACUGAGUCACUCUUCUCCUAGUGAAAUUUCUGGAACAAGUUUUUCAGGGUGUGCUGCCGAGUGUUCCACAGUUCAUCAUCAGAAGCCCCCCUGUAGGAGUGAGUUGUGUCAGUUGAUGUGUUCACAGGCUGGUGUGAGCAGGCUGACUUAUGUGUCUGAACAAGAGAGCACCUAUCCCACCACAACCUCUCAUCAUGGCCUUGAGGACCAAAAGAGUGACAUCACCAGUGAGUUGAGUACCACAAUUAUCCAAGGCAGUCCAGUCCCAUCUGAAGAACAGGCUGUGGAAAAGUUAAGAGAACAAGGUCCAUUUGAAAGCAGAGGAAAAAGAACAUUAUCGUAUAUUAUCCAGAAAAACUCAGAUAUGGGAAAUGUGACUGAAACCACUUCUCUGACUAGCAAACCUGAAGAUCUAAAACCAAACUUUAGCUUGAGGAAAGAGCUUUGCUGCCAAAGUGGAGAUGUAUUGAAAAGCAGCACAAGAAGUAUGAAGUCAGGCCCCAGUGAACUGAGCCAGAUGAGCCUGGCUGUACCAGGCGGGUCAGAUCACAGCCUCCCAGCUGUGUCAAUGCCGCCACUCCACCCCGUAGUGCACCCUGUGACUGUGAACCAUGGUGACAGGAUAACUUCUGGAGAUGCCCUGAAAGCCCACUGCAGGUGGAGUGGCCAGGUUCCUCCUGAGCAGGCCUCCAGAGCCCCGCAGUCCGCAGAUCCCAGCACCGAGCCUCACGGUCCUGCAGCCCCUGCAUUCUCGGCUCUGCAUGCUUUCCCCACAGUACCCUUCACCCAGCAGAAUUCGGGAGCACUGCCUUCUGCCAGAGACAUGGUGCUGCCACAUGCUGGUAGCGCUCCAGCCUGUGGACUCUUAGGAAGUUGUCCUUACCCUGCUGUGCCAGUGGCAGGCGAGCACAUGGGGAUCUGUCUAGGUCAAAAUAACGGUUCUGGAUUGAUGGGUUCUUCUCUUUGUAACCUAUAUUCUAAUGCCUUAAAUCAGAAUUUUCUAAGCACAGCAAAACUUUUUCCUGGGCAGCCUGUUGGUGCAAACUGUGGAAUUGAACCGUGGGAUUCAGGAAUGAUGUCAGGAUCUGGAAAAGUAAGAGUACCUGAGGAAUUGCAGUUUCCUCAUGCUUGCUGUGUUGGCAUUGCUUCACAAACUCUCCUUAGUGUACUUAAUCCAACUGACCGCUGGCUGCAGGUCAGCAUCGGGGUUCUCAGUGUUAGUGUUAAUGGUGAAAAGGUGGACCUUUCAGUGUAUCCUUGUUUAGUUUUCAAGAAUAAAGUCAUCAUAAGACCUCAUGCCACAGAAGAGAUAAAAGUUCUUUUCAUGCCAUCCGAUCCUGGGAUUUUCAGAUGUAUAUUCAGUGUUGCUUCUUGGCCGUUUUCAGCAGAUGCUGAGACAAUAGUACAAGCAGAAGCCUUGGCAAGCAGAGUCAUUCUCACUGCAAGUGCUGAGACCCCAGUGAUUGAGGUGGAGACAGAAAAGAAAGAUGUUCUUGAUUUUGGUGAUUUGACUUACGGAGGCUGGAAAGCACUCCCAUUAAAAUUGGUAAACAAGACACACGCCACUGUGCCAAUCAGACUUACUAUUAAUGCUAAUGCCAUAGCCUGGCACUGCUUCACAUUUUCCAAGGAACCUGCUCCUGCUUCUAUGAAAGCUGCUCCUUAUGCCGAUGUGAUUGCUCAACUGGCAGCUCCUUCUGUGAUCAAUCACAUGAUGCCUGCCAGUUAUGAUGGGCAGGAUCCAGCAUUUCUCAUAAUUUGGGUCCUUUUCCAUAGUCCAAAGAAACGGAUCACUUCUUCAGAGAUUCUAGACUCAGCAGAAGAAUUUUUGGCAAGAGUUGAUAUAGAAGUUGACAGCCCAUACCCUACACCAGUCAUCAAAAGUAUUAGUCUUCAAGCAAGAGCAGGAAUAGCCAGGAUACAUGCUCCGAAAGACUUACAGACUGUGCACUUGUUUGCCAGUAUGACUUCCUCAACAAAGCAGCACUUACCUUUGAAAAAUGCUGGGAACAUUGACGUUUACUUAGAUAUCAAGAUCCCAGAUCAAGAAAAUCACUUUUCAGUGGAUCCAGAGAAUCUAUUCCUUAAACCUGGAGAAGAACAUGAAGUUAUAGUUUCAUUUACUCCAAAGGAUCCCAGAACCUAUGAGGAAAGGAUCUUGAAAAUAUUUGUGCAGCCAUUUGGACCUCAAUAUGAAGUAGUAUUAAAAGGUGAAGUAGUUUCCUCAGGAAAUAAACCUCUUAUCCCUGGAUCUUGCUGCUCAGAUAUUCCAUCAAUUUUGUCCAACAAACAAUUUCUGGCUUGGGGAGGUGUCCCUCUUGGUAGAACACAGCUUCAGAAACUAACUUUAAGAAAUAAUUGUACAUCUACAACUCAACAUUUACGACUGCUUAUUAGAGGACAAGAUCAGGACUGCUUUCAGCUUCAGCACACUUUUGGUUCAGAGGAGAGAUUGACCAGUAACUGUGAGAUCAGAAUUGAUCCGAAGGAAGACAGUAACAUCUUUGUAUUAUUUGCACCUACUCGACUAUCUUGUAUGUUGGCUAAACUAGAAAUUAAACAACUUGGAAUUAGAUCACAACCAGCCAUUAAGUUCACAAUACCUUUGUCUGGAUAUGGUGGAACAAGUCAUCUUAUUUUGGAAGAUGUUAAAAAAUUAUCUGACAGUUACAUGGUAACAGUGAAUGACUUAAUACCUGGCAAAGAAAGUAGAAUUGUUUUUUCUGUUCACAACACUGGCUCUCGGGCAGCCUUUGUUAAAGCAGUAGGUUUUAAGGAUUCUCAGAAAAAGGUUUUGCUGGAUCCUGAAGUAUUAAGGAUUUUUCCAGAUAAAUUUGUGCUCAAGGGAAAAACACAACAAGAUGUUACUGUAAUAUAUAAUCCAUCAGACAGAAAUAGCAAUUAUAAAACUGCAACAGAACUUUCAACUAUAUGCUUUUUUGGUGGAGAUGAAAUUUCAAGGCAGCAGUAUCGUAGAGCCCUGUUACAUAAACCAGGGGUUAUAGGACAGAUAUUUCCAGAAAAUAGUGUGCUGCAGAUCAUUGAUUUUGCUGAAGCCUUUCAAGAUGAGCUACUAGUAACUGAAGCAUAUGAUCUUCCCCAGCAGCCUAAUGAUGUUCAGCUCUUUUAUGGAAACAUUCGUAAAAUUAUACUUUCAGUAAUUGGACUAUUCAGAGAUCCCAUUUCUAGCAGAGGAUUUUUUCAGCCUUCUUUCAGAGCAAGCUUAGAAUCUAAAAGUGACACUGGCAGUUCUGGGAAGCAUGGCGGCAGUGCAUCUUUGGAUGUCUUACCGGUUAAAGGCCCUCAAGGUUUUCCACUCCUCUCACAAGCUGUUCCCGCACCUCAAGAUAAGUCAUCCUCUGAAGAAAUGUGGGCUGUCCAGCCUGAACACUUGGUUUUGGUAGCCCCUUCUCCUUGUGAUUUGGCAAAACCUGGAUGCUUCCAGAUUUUAAAUAAUUCUGUUAGGUUACUGAAAUUUGAGCUCUACUGGCCAGCACAUUGCCUUAUGGUAACACCACAACAUGGAUUUAUCACACCAGAGAGUAAGCUACAAAUUCUUGUGAGUCCUAAUUCUUCCUUAUCUACAAAACAUUCAAUAUUCCCAUGGAGUGGUUUGAUCUAUAUACACUGUGACAAUGGACAGAAGAAAAUUGUAAAAGUCCAAAUCCGAGAAGAUUUGACCCAGGAAGACCUUUUCCCUCGUGUGGCCUCCAGCCCGUUUGGAAUCCUUUCCCGCAUAACUGAGCCUUCAGUCAGUCAUCUGGUAAAACCAGUUGUGAAACCGCCUUCCACAGAAGUUAAGAUACGGAACAAGACUAUGACUUUUCCUACAACAGAACCUGGUGAAACUUCAGAAAAUUUCCUGGAACUUGAAAAUCAUGGUAACAUAGAAAUGAAGUGGUAUCUGUCAUCUUUAGCUCCAGCUUAUGUCAAGGGAGUGGAUGAAAGUGGAGAUGUUUUUAGAACUACCUAUGCAGCAUUCAGAUGUUCUCCUAUUUCUGGUGUACUCGAAACCCAUGGAGUCCAAAAGGUCUCCAUCACAUUUUUGCCCAGAAAUAGAGGGCAUUAUGCCCAGUUUUGGGAUGUUGAGUGUCACCCCAUUAAAGAGCCUCACAUGAAACACACACUGAGAUUUCAGCUCUCUGGACAAAGUGUCAAAGCAGAAAAUAAGCCUGAAAAUUCAUACAUUUCCACAAAUACCCUCAUUAAAAUAGAUAAUUUAGUUAAGCCCCGAAGACAAGCUGCAUCAGAGGCUUCUACUCUCAUAUCUGGACAGCUUGACUUUACCCACCGUGGAGUUUAUGCCCCAGAAGACGUGUAUCAGUUCCUGCCAACUAGAGUUGGGGAAUCAAGGACAUUAAAAGUCAAUUUGCGAAAUAAUUCUUUUAUUACACACUCGCUCAAGUUUUUAAGUCCCAGAGAGCCUUUCUACGUCAAACAUUCAAAAUAUUCUCUGAGAGCUCAGCAUUACAUCAACAUGCCUGUGCAGUUCAAACCAAAGUCAGUGGGCCAAUUUGAAGCUUUGCUCCUUAUACAAACAGACGAAGGCAAGAGUGUUGCUAUUCGACUAAUUGGUGAAGCUCUUAAAAAAAGUUAACCAGCAUGUUUUGUGUUAAGUAAAUUACUUAAGUUAUAUAUUGGUAACUUCAUUUUUCUACACUACAAUUACACUUUUUAAUAUAUUUUGUAUGAUAAACUGGAUAUGUAUAACUAGAUUUUUGGUUUUGAGAAGCUAAUACUGAAGACCUGACUAAAAUAUCAUGUAUCUAGCCUACAGUAUUGUACUUAACUUUUACAGGGGAGAAGAGAAAUGUAUUUUUGCACUGAUUAUGUUACUCUGAAUAAAUAUGGCUGUAUUUUAAUAUGGUAUAUUCAGAAAAAAAACUUAA